AAUUAUUUGUGAGGUAUUAUCGAGUAAAAUAUUCGAAAUAACCUAACCGGUAAAAUGGCAUCAUCUUUAUCAGCAUACUGGGUGAAGUUUUUCAAGGGUGCUGGAUUUCCUCAAGAUGUAGCUACAAAGCAUGCUGUUGUAUUUUCUAAUAAUCGCAUUAAACCAGAUAUGUUGCCAGAUUUAGACAAGCCUAGUCUGAAAGAAAUGGGUAUAACAUUAAUGGGAGACAUGAUUGCUAUUCUGAGGUAUGCAAAAAAAGUGGUGGAAGAAACAACAUGCGAGAGAUUCCUUGUAGAUUCUGAAGAUUCUUCUACAACCCCCAAGCAAGUUAUGAAAAAAACAGUAACUAAGGCACCUAUUAAAACAGUGACUUCAAAAGUUACAUCUGAUGCUGUAGCUAUAAAGAAAAUUGUGAAAGUUCCAGUGAGUUCGGUGAAAAAAACUGUCACUGUUAAGAAACCAGUAUCAACAUCUACUGAAGUAAUACCAGACUUUACCACACAAAAAAAACAAACUAUUCUUAAGAGAAAAUUAGAAGAAGAUGAAUAUGAUAGUAACAAUGAGGAUGAGUGGAAUGGAAAAGUUAAAAAAGUGAAAUCAUUAGACAUAAAGGAUGAUAAAGUAGGCUAUACGAUAGUAGUUCCAAAAGGAUCAACAUCUAGAAGUCAACAGAUUUUUAAAAAAUCUGUCGAACAAAAACGAACUGUCUUUGAUAGGCUAGGUGAUAGUUCUGUAACUAGUACAACAAAUCUAGCAGAAACAUCGCAGACAUUUAAUAUUACUGGAUUAGGAAAAGAUGUGUUGAAAAGAUCUGUAAGUGUCUUUAAUCGGCUAGGAGAUAAAGAUGCCAAGAAGGACAAUACAACUCAGGGAGGUAUAUUAAAAAAUGGAACAACUGGUACAGGAAUAUUAAAGGCUAAAAGUCCUAGCCCAAGAACUUCAAUUAUUACAACUAACAAAGCAGUACCAAAAAGCAUGGGGACAAUGAGAGCUGAUCAAGAAGCUAAUAGAAAAACUAUAUCAAGUAAUCUGUCUCAAUUGGUCAAAACAACCAAGAAAAUUUCUUUAAACAAUAUAUCUUCAAAUAAUACUAGGAUACCAAAAUCCAGUGUUACAUCUGGAAAAUUAGCUUCUGAACGACUGACUUCAAUACCAGCAAAAGCACGUUUGGGAGCAGUCAAAUCAAGCAAUGCUAAACAAGUGACUUUUGAUAGAAUUACAACAGUGGCGCAUGUAAAAAAACCAGAUGUUUUUAGUCGCCUUGGAAUUUGA